UUGGUUCUCGAGGCGGCGGUGUUGGCGGCUGCUCCUCCGUCGGCUCCUCCUCCUCCUCCUUGCUCGGCGGCGACGGCGGUGGCGGCGGUGGUCCGGGGCCUGAGCUCCGGUCCCCUCCGCUUCCCUCCGUCUUCCGCCGUCUCCCCUAGCGCCCCGACCUCCUCCUGCGCCGCGGGGAACAUGCGGCUCCGUUCCCGGAGGCCGGCGAGUGACUGACCCGCGUCCCCCCGCCUCAGCCUGCCCGCCCGCCGGCCCGGCCGCUACCCCCCGCUUGGCUCAGGCAAUGACAGCGGCUCCGGCGUCUCCGCAGCAGAUGAGGGACCGGCUGCUGCAGGCCAUCGACUCCCAGAGCAACAUCCGGAACAUGGUUGCAGUAUUGGAAGUGAUCUCCAGUCUGGAGAGAUACCCCAUCACCAAAGAGGCACUGGAGGAGACACGACUAGGAAAGCUCAUCAAUGAUGUCCGCAAGAAAACUAAGAACGAGGAGCUGGCCAAGCGGGCCAAGAGGCUUCUGCGGAGCUGGCAGAAGCUCAUUGAGCCCGUGCACCAGAAUGAGGUGGCACUACGGGCACUGGCAGGAGCUGCAGGCUCUGCCAACGGGGGCGCACACAACUGCCGGCCAGAGGUGGGAGUGGCCAGCACACCCAAGAGCAUCCAUGACCUGAAGAAUCGCAACGACAUCCAGAGGCUCCCUGGGCAACGACUAGACAGACUGGGUAGCCGGAAGCGCAGGGGGGACCAGCGUGAUCUGGGCCACCCGGGGCCACCCUACAAAGUUUCCAAAUCUAGUCCUGACCCACUAGUCCCCAAUGCAUCCCCUCUCCCCACUAACGGGAUCAGUGGGAGCCCAGAGAGCUUACCCAGCCCUCUGGAUGGUAGUGGGCACAUGGGCUCUGAUGGCAGCCGCCUGGAGCCCAGCGAGAACGAGAAGCACAGCACCAAGAUCCCUGUGAACGCCGUGCGGCCGCGCCCCAGCUCCCCUGGCCUGGGCAAGCCCCCCGUGCCCUGCCUACAGACCAAGACUGCGCAGUUGCAGCAUCUGGACAGGACGGAUGAGCCGCCAGGCCCUCCCCAUCCCAGGGGGGCCCCUCGCUGCUCCUUCAGCCCCCGGAACUCACGGCACGAAGGCUCCUUUGCCCGGCAGCGGAGCUCGUACACAACGAAGGGCCCCAUGUCCAGCCCCUCCUCACGCCCCCAACCACUGGACACCAUACAGGUGCCGUCCCCACUCCCACUGGCCCAGCCAUCCACGCCCCCUGUGCGGCGGAUGGAGCUGCUGUCCAGCGCUGAGAGCCCUGUACACUGGCCAGAGCAGCCCGAGGGCCACCCGCGGCUAACAGGGCCAUCCUGCAGGGUUGGGUUGUCGCCAGACUCCUCCAAGGUGGACAGUGAUGCUGCCUCUUCAGGUGGCUCGGACAGCAAAAAGAAAAAGAGGUACCGACCUCGAGACUACACGGUGAACUUAGAUGGGCAGGUGCCUGAGGCAGGCGUCAAACCUGUGCGGUUAAAAGAGCGGAAGCUCACCUUUGACCCCAUGACGAGACAGAUCAAACCUCUAACCCAGAAAGAGCCGGUGCGGGCUGACAGCCCCGUACCCACAGAGCAGCCACCUAGGACAGAACUGGACCAGCAGGAGGCCAAAGCCAGUCUCCAGAGUCCGUUUGAGCAGACGAACUGGAAGGAACUGUCGCGCAACGAGAUCAUCCAGUCCUACUUGAGCCGCCAGAGCAGCUUGUUGUCAUCGUCUGGUGCGCAGACCCCAGGCGCACACCACUUUAUGGCCGAGUACCUGAAGCAGGAGGAGAGCAGUCGGCGAGGAUCCCGCCAGCCUCAUGUGCUGCUGCCGCUGCCCACGCCCACUGACCUCCCCGGGCUCACUCGGGAGGUCACGCAGGACGAUCUGGACAGAAUCCAGGCCCAAAAGUGGCCAGGGGUGAACGGGUGUGAGGACACACAGGGUAAUUGGUAUGACUGGACGCAGUGCAUAUCGCUCGACCCACAUGGCGACGAUGGGCGCUUGAACAUUCUGCCUUAUGUCUGCUUGGACUGAGCACUUGGCCUGGUCAUCAAGUGCAUUAUCACCUUGCAGGGGCUAGGCUGGCCAGCC